GCGAAGCCUGAACCGCGCGCGGGAACGAGGGAGGAGACUGGAGGAGCUCGCAGGGUCUGGAAGGAACUUUUCGAGAUGGAAGGGAAACCAAAGAUUCAGUUAACUGGAUUUAAGAAUGAAGAAAAGAAGAUUCUAAUCCAGUUGCUUCUGAAAUUAGACUGUGUUUUCUUUAAUAGUGAGCAAUAUAAAAAUUGUACUCAUCUUAUAGCAAAAAGGCCUUGCAAGAGUGAAAAGUUUCUAGCAACAUGUGCAGCAGGAAAAUGGGUACUAACUAAGGACUACAUAAUUAAUAGUGCUGAAAGUGGCAGAUGGCUUGAUGAAACAACUUAUGAGUGGGGUUAUAAAAUUAAAAAUGAUUCCCUUUAUUCACCUCAAAUGCAAUCUGCACCUAAAAGAUGGCGCGAAAAGCUCAGUCAUUCUGGUGCUACAGGAGCCUUCCACAGAUGGAAUGUUGUUCUGUUUAUUAUGAGUGGUAAUAAACGAAAGGAUUCCUUGAUAAGAGUUCUAAAAGCUGGGGAGGCCAAUAUUUAUACAGCACUAAGUACACCAAAGGAUAUUACCCAUGUUUUAACUAAUUAUACAAUAUUAAAUCAAGGAAAACUGAAACAUCUCUUUGGGGCUCCAUGCUACCCAAUUCGUUAUUUAGGAACUUAUCUUUUAGAGAAUGAAAGUACAACCAAUAUUGAAGAAUACCAAAAGAAAAGUGUUAAAUAUGAGGAAGACUCGAGAGAAGCAAUGAUUGAUACGCAGUUUGAUGAAAUGAAAAAUGCACUUAUCAAGCAUAUAUAUUAUCAUCAGGCAAUGCUAAGCAAGUACAAUCAAAUGGGCCAGAAGGUGGAAUGCAACAAGGAGCUUGAAAUUGCUCCCUGUUCCAGGGAAAACAAGAUAUUGGAAGAACUAGUGGAUGAUCAUUUUUUACCAAUUGCAAUCACAGAAUUUUUCUCUGGAAAAGAUUGUAUUCCUCCUGCUAAACUAAUUCAUUCUCUUUUAGAGCAUAUUCUCCAGGGCAAUUCAGACCCUACCCUUUCUGUCCAGUUCUUUCAUAUAAUGUAUACUCUCCUCGAACAUAAUCCUCCUUGGAAAUCACCUUCUAUGCUAAGGUAUUACCUUGAAAUUCUUCAGUGUCCUGUUUGUAAGAAUGGAGCAUGGUCUCUGAUGGAAAUGCUUGUCAGGUCUUGUCUUUAUUACAAUAAUAUUUGUCAUUCAGUCACAGACCCAAAAACUACAAAUGUGGAUAGAACCUUUCACAAAAAACUGUUGACAUUUAUUAUGAAUUUGUUUGAGGCUGAAGUGUUGGCAUUAAAAAGAAGGCUUUAUGAAGGAAGUGACUCACAUAAUCCACUAGUGAUGCCACAGACUGUUCUUUUGAACACCUUUUGGUUAGGAAAUGAUUCAGUGCUUUUAAACAAACAAAUAAAUAUUCUAAUAGACUGGAUUAUAUAUUCAUACAGAGAAAAGUACAGGACAACUGAUGUCUUCAAACAUGAAAUAGCUGAACUAUUAAAUUCAGUUUUGGGAGCUAUUGUGGAAUAUUGGAUUAUUUCAGGCUUCAUAAUGGACAGAAAUAUGUUGCCCUCUGUAGCUGAUGACCUUGCUUCUUAUAUUGCCAUUUCGUGUGAUGAUUUUUCAUAUGAGGAAUUAAAAGUAUUCAUUUCUUCUAUCUCAUCUCUGUGGCUUGCAAUGUUUGUCGCAGAAGCUGUGUUUAAAAAUCUGUAUUUCCAAAACAGCACUCUUCUUUCUAAUGAACUGCUUUCACUUCAAAAAAUGGUUUCCUGCUAUCUGCCUACUUUACAAGCUGGAGUGUGUGAGAAAGGGAAGAUGCGGAAAGAAAAGAAAAUGGAAAUAAGGCCAUGGCCAUGCUCAGAGUCUCAGAGGGCAUUACUGAUGCUAAGUGGCGAUAAGCAGAACCAAACCAAAGUCCUGCCUGAUGUACCUGUACAAACCAAGGAUAACUCUGCUCAUCUACCAAAAUAUCUCAAAAGGAAAAUCAAGCCUACCGUAUUGCAUGACAAAGAAAAUUGCCAUUCUUCAGCUAAACAGAUGAAUGUCCAUAAGAUUAAUCUUAAAGGGGAGACAGCUCUGCAUAUUGCUUGCAGAAGCAACAAUGUGAAGAAAUUGAUUCAUCUUCUGACUGUACCAGGAAUAGAUAUUAAUGUUAAAGACUAUGCUGGUUGGACACCUUUGCAUGAAGCCUGUAACCAUGGUAGCACAGUGUGCGUCCAUGAAAUUUUGCAGCAUUGUCCAGAGGUAAACCUAUUCAGUCACGUGGAUGGAGUGACUCCCUUGCAUGAUGCACUGUCAAACGGACAUGUAGAGAUUGCUGAGCUUCUACUUCAGCAUGGCGGAUCAAUAUUGCUACAACAAAAGGACUCUACAGGAAAGUUACCACUUGAUUACAUAAAAUGUCCAGUAACUAAGCAACAUCUUUUGAAUAUUGUGAAGCCAGAACAGACAGUUGAGGAAUUUCAUGCUCAAGUACAAAGUAAUUUCUAUAAUCAACGCAAAGAAUUAUGGAUAAACUUAUUUUGCAAGAUGUUGUUAAAUCUUUGUUCUGUAUAUGACUUAUUUAGACCUUUUCCUUUUACCUUUAAAAAGCUUGGUUGUUCAGAUUCAUUCCUGGUGGCAGAUGACUGUUAUAAGCUUAAUAUGAACUCUUCUAAUCAUUGGUUAAUAAAUCUAUAUUUUAAAGAGCUUGAAACUUUUCACAAACUCCCAGAAUAUCUUCAGAAAACUAUUGAGGAUCUUAAAAAUGACCCAGAAGAACAGAAACAAGCUUUUUUCACAAUGUUACAGCAAAUUGUAAUUACAAUUCAGAUGUCUGGUUCAUGUUUAACUAACAAACUUCAAAGUUAGUGUGACUUGCCUAAAAUACAUAAACUGUAAUAUUCAAUGGCAAUUUUUGCUUAGAUAAGUGAAACACAUAAAAAGUUGUGUUUUUUCCCCGACACGUGGAAAGGUUGAAGACUGGCUUUGUUUUAAGCCAUAUUAGAGAACCCUAAUAUGCAAACUAUUAUGAUCAUCCACUUUAACGUCCACUUUCUUUUGUGGAGUAAUUGAAGAGAUUUGUAGUUUUACCCUAACUAUAUAGUUCUCAAUGAUUCCUCAGUUCAGGAACUGCAGUUUACCCUAGCUUUACAAUAUUCCAAGAUUAAACAACUCUGUGAUUCUUGCUUUUUAAUAAGCACAGCUAUGAACAAACUAGUUUCUUACACAUUUUUAAUUUCCUGAAGGGAUUGAUAAAAUGUUAGCCUGAGGCCCAGCGUGAUUCAUUCAUGUAACAAACAAAUGACAUUCUGUUACAUUUGUGUGAAUUUUGUUACAAUGCACAAGUGGGUUCAAAAAAUUGUUCUGCAUUAAUUCAGUUAAUCUUCAAGUUAUUGUUAUAUAAUGAUGGUUUGAUUAAUGCACUGAUGGGUUUUCAGAAUACAUGUCUGUAAAUUUGAACAUUUUGUGGUAAUGAUCUAUAUUUUUAUAUUGUUUAUAUCAAAAUAAGUCAUUUUUAAUGUAACAAUUUGCAUAUACUUUUUUAGAAAAAUAAAUGUUCCAAACUCUCUUAAA